CCUCCCCCCUGUCCGUCUCGGACCCCGGCGUCAGUCAGUCGAGUCACGCUGACUGAGGCGGCCACACGCGGCGCUCUGCCAUGCCCGGGAUCCUGCUGGGGGAUGUCUUCCCCAAUUUCGAAGCCGAAACCACCAUUGGCCCCAUCAGAUUUCACGAUUUCCUGGGAAACUCGUGGGGCAUCCUCUUCUCUCACCCACGCGAUUACACUCCUGUGUGCACCACCGAAUUGGGCCGUGCGGCCAGCCUCAGCAGGGAGUUCAGCAAGCGCAAUGUCAAGAUGAUUGCACUUUCCAUUGACAGCGUGGAAGACCACCAUGGCUGGAGCAAGGACAUCAUAGCAUACAACGAGGCCUCCGACAACACACUCCCAUUCCCCAUCAUCGCGGAUGACAAGCGUGAACUGGCCAUAGAACUGGGCAUGCUGGACCCGGAUGAGAGGGACAAGGACGGCAUGCCCCUGACUGCCCGCUGUGUGUUUGUGAUUGGGCCAGACAAGAAGCUGAAACUUUCAAUCCUGUACCCUGCUACAACGGGCCGGAACUUUGAUGAGCUCCUGAGGGUCAUUGACUCACUCCAGCUGACAGCAGAGAAGAGAGUGGCCACUCCUGUAGACUGGAAGCCUGGCGACAGCGUCAUGGUCCCACCAAACAUUCCAGAAGAUGAGGCUGCAACACUCUUCCCCGCUGGCGUUUUUACGAAAGACUUGCCCUCUGGGAAGAAAUACCUGCGCUACACACCACAGCCAUAAGGGGACACUAGUCCCUUUAACCAGAGACAACUGAAAGCUGCAAUACUUGCACUUAGUACUGAACGUAGUUGACUAACCAUUACAACUCGCUGUUACAUGUCACCAUAUUUAACCACAGAACAUGCCACCUUUGCAGCUAAGUGCCAGCUUAAGGUUUCUGCAAAUCAAGGCUUCUCUCCUCAAUGUGCAUGUGUUCCUGUUAUUAAUCUCACAUCACAUCACAUGAAUAAUGCCAUUACACCAGUCACUGAAUAACUAUAGACUGACUGACCAGAGUUUAUGCUGUGACGAAUAUGUAGAGUGCCUUAGACUCAACCAGUAAAAACAAAAUUACUAUACACUUGUUUCAUCCUGCUCAUUAUAACAUAGAAAUAAUCCAUAAAGUGUGAAAUAGAUUUUGUUCAGCUCUGCUACGUACUGAAUGACAUAUUCCAAUCACUCACCAAAAGAUGUACUGACACAAUCUGCACACAUCUUUACAUCUAAAGGAACCUAAUCCGCACACACUGACUGCUUAUGUUACGAAUGGAAUUAUACCAAAUUUGCAGAGAUAGAUUUUUCCAAUUUAUUUUUAAUUGCAUUUUCUUUAUUUAUGUAUUUUCAUAUAUAUAUAUAAACCUGGAAAUGCAUUGAGGAAUGUUUGUAUUACUAAGAUUUUGUAGAUUGUGACAAUGUGGUAAAUAUGAAUUUGGAGGUAUAAACAAAUUCAGUGACAAACA